UUAAACCAAUUAACCUAGUUCAACCCACAACAUUUUUCUCUACAGACUUCGACCCAAAAUUUUACACAGGUAGAAUAUAAGUUUAAAUAAGUUCAGGUAAAUUAUAAACUUUGCCUUUCCUUAUGUCUUGAGUUUCAAUUGGGUGAGAAAGCACAAAGGGAGGAAAAAGUGAAGGUGAUUUGGAUCAGAAAUUCUAAACUUAAAUUUUGGUCCAAGAUUUUGCAGACAUCACAGUUAAAGCGUGAGAAUCAAAUUACUUCCAAAAAUGGCGGUUUGAUUUUAAAAUUGAUUCAUAGAAAUUACCCAAUUUAUAUAUUUCCUUGAAAGUUGAAUUUUUGUUUCUUCUUUAUUUGUUCUUUUUACAGUCUGACUGUAACUAUAGAAUCAGAUUUUGCUCCCCAGUUCGAGAUUGGAAGUGGAAAUUAAAUUUAAAGUUUGUAUCUUUCUUUUUCAAUAUUUUAAUCGAUUUAGAAAACAAUAUUAAUUUAUUACCCAAUUGAUAAUUUAUAAAAUAUUUAAAUUUAUUUAAUAAUAAUUGUGGGUUUUUUUUAUGAGGUCAUUUUGGUCAGAGUUGGAUGAUUCUGUAACAGAUAACCAUUAUUUGGUCAGCUCUUACCGCCAUUCCCAUUUCAUGGCUACUCUAUCUUUUUCUACUUUCUGUUAGAAAUUAUUAAUUAUUAUUUUAAAAAAUAAUACUUUUUUUAUAUAAUUAUUUAAGAAAUUUGAUUUAUAUAAAUAUAUAUACAAGUUGUAUUUACUCAGUACAGUGGACAUGGAUUGUGGUAGAUGUAAAUCCUCUGAUAAAUUCUGGGAUUUAAUUUGAUUAGUGGUGGCCAAUUUGCUUAUGGGUUUUGCAGCCUGUUUGCAGGAGAUCAAUGGAUGACAUAUUUACCAGGAUCUUGGAUUUGACAUCUUACCUAAGCACUCCACUUCUUCAUUUACUUGAGGAUUUGUACUCCGGAAUCUUUAAUGGACAUUUGGAAAGCCUUGUGGCUCUUUGCUCAGUAGAGUAUUCAAGCUCUGCAAGUUUUCAUCAUGAGCGAAGAUCUGCUUUUGGAGAAUGCUCAUCAUCCUCCAAACGUAAUGUUGCCACAUCUAGAGGAAUUCAGAGAAGAGCUCUAAAUGUCAAAGAGUCUUUGUGUGUAAAUACAAGUACAGAAACGGAAACAGGACAGACUCAUGGAGGAGUGCCCCUUAUUUUUGGAGGGUUGACUCUCCCAUUAUAUGGUUUGAGGGUUUUUCAGAGAUUAGCAUUGGCUUCUUUGAGAUAUUUUCUAGGGUAUUGCAGAUUUACGAUAGAUCAUGUUAAACGCACCAUAUCCCGAGUGCAUAAGGGUGUGCGUGGAUCAGCUGAUGAUAUAGGUUGGUUGCAGCGCACUCCUGGGAUGCCUCCCGUUACAGAUGGAACUUCUAGAUUCUUGGAAGUGCUUCAGGAUGUCAGGAACGGGAAUCAUAUGCUGCCUGAUUCAUUUAUAUACCUUCUUAUACCUGGCCUCUUUAGUAAUCAUGGCCCCUUGUACUUUGUUGCCACCAAGAGAUUCUUUUCUAAGAUGGGCCUCGCUUGCCACAUUGCCAAGAUUCAUAGCGAGGCCUCAGUGGAGCACAAUGCAUUGGUAUUGAAACACUAUAUCGAGGAGCUUUACUGGGGAUCAGGAAAGCGUGUGAUGCUUCUUGGUCACAGCAAAGGCGGAGUUGAUGCAGCAGCUGCCUUGUCAAAAUAUUGGAAGGAUUUGCGAGGCAAGGUUGCAGGGUUGGCCCUUGUGCAGAGUCCAUAUGGUGGGACUCCCAUUGCAUCUGAUGCUCUUCGUGAAGGCCAGGUUGCUGACAAGAAAGCUAGGAGAGUUAUAGAGCUUCUCAUUAGCAGAUUGAUUAAGGGCGACUUUCAGGCUCUGGAAGACCUCACGUAUGAGAAAAGGAAGGAGUUCAUCCUAAGCCACAAACUUCCUGAAGAAAUCCCACUCAUUUCCUUCCAUUCCGAAGCAAGUAUUGCCCCAAGUGUUCUUGCCACAUUGACUCAAAUAGCCCACGCCGAGCUCCCAUGGUUUCCUCUCCCAACAUUCUGUGGUGUGCCAUCUGAUGACUAUGUCCAACCAUCACGGAAAGUACCUGUAAUGAUUCCCGUAUCAGCAACCAUGGCCGUGACUGCUCUCCACCUUAAACUAAGGUAUGGGGAAAAGAGUGAUGGACUUGUUACAUGCCGUGAUGCAGAAGUCCCCGGCUCUGUUGUGAUUAGGCCCGAUAAGAAGCUUGAUCAUGCUUGGAUUGUUUACUCUUCAUGGAAAAAGAAUCCUAGUGAGCCUGAUUGCUGUGAAAUGUGUGAAGCUAUCUUGACCUUGCUUGUAGAACUUGGUGAGCAGAAAAAGGCAGACAAGAAAGUUGAUUAAUGUAAACGGAAACUCAUAUGACUAUACGAGUACACGAGUAUAGAUCAGUUUGAUUUCUCUUAUAUGUUGCUAACAAUGCUCGUAUAGCCUAAUAGAAUGAAUGAAUGAAAAGUACCCAAAAAAAAAGGGUGUUUGUUAAUUACUUUCAUUUGUUUUAGUGUUCACCUCUUUGAUUUGUUGUUUUGUAUGGAUUAUAGCUCGAAACUCUUGGAUCAUUACACCUUGAAACACUAUAUUAGAACAAGAAUUGAACAAAAAUUACUGAA